ACCCGGCGCCGAGUGCACGCGUUAGCUCCAGCUCUCCGCCAUCUCAGCCACCUCCGCCACGGCACGCCACCAGCCAGGAGAGGAGAGUGAGGGAGAAAAGGAGAGUGAGGGAGAAGAGAAGAGAGUGAGGGAGAAGAAGGAGAGUGAGGAAAGAGUGAUCGGGAGUUAAGUGGCACCAUGGGAGGUCUUAGCGCUUUCGGAAUCCUGCUGGGGUUCGCUCUGGUGUUGGGUGCCUCUGCUUCAAAUGUCACAGCCAGGGUGAAAAUUACCAUGCGAUUAACUGAUGUGGAGUACACAGCAGACCUGGAGACGAAGACCAGACCGGCUUAUAAGGAACUCGAGUCCGACCUUCAGACCAAACUCAAGACGGGCUUGGCAACCGAGAUGUCGAUCAGUGAGAGCGAGAUUGACAUUAUCAUCGAUUCUUUCUCCAGCGGAUCUGUCAUCGUCAACGCCACAGUAGAACUUUCCUCCGAUACGAACGCUACUGCCGCCGAGAAAGCAGUCGAGGACGGUCUGAAAUCGGUCACCCAGAACAGCACCGCCUUCGGGUACCAGGUGGAGGCCGACAGCAUUUCGACCCAGGGUAUGACCGUCGACCCUACCGAGACCACCACUCAAGCUGCGGACACCAAUACACAAGCCAACGGAGCAGAUGGAGCCACAACCACCCAGGCUACUGGAACCGACUCCGGGACACGCACAGCUACACGCACAGCUACAGAUGCCGAUACAACCAACGAUGGAGGAACAACCACUCAGGCCUCUGCCAAUGCCGAUGCAGGAACGACCCAGGUCUCCACCAACACUGGUGGAGGAGGUUCACAGGGAUCUUCCAACACCGAGGGCGGAACAACCACUCAAGGAACAUCCGGCAGCGAUUCAAACACAGCAACAACCACGUCUUCUGACAGUUCCAGUUCCGGUUCAAAUACAGCCGAUACGACAUCUUCUGACACUUCCAGUUCCGGAGGUGCAUCUGGAUCAUCAAGUGGUACAACUACAAAUACAGGGACAAACACAAAUACGAAUACAAACACAAACACAAACACAGGCUCAACCGGUACAUCAGGAACCACCACUGCUACUCUGGAUAAAACUGAAGUGGACAAAACGAGUGUCAGCGGAUCCGGACUGUUCAUGUCUGUGAUGCUAACAGGUCUAACUUCAACUCAGGUCACCGACUAUCUGACCAAGACCUCCAGUAGUUAUGCCGGCCUUCAAGAUGCAGCGACCACGUACACGAACUUGGUAAAGGCAUCCUCCCAGACCACGAAAGUCACCUCAGACUUGAAGUUAAAGCGAGUGAUAAAGAUAAAUGCAACCACAGUCAGGGUAGAAUACCUCGCCAUCGCAAACUCCAACGUCGACCUGGCUGCCCUCAGGAACUCCAUGUUGCAGAAUCAGGACAUGCAGGAUCUGGAUUUCACGCUGAAAACCGUGGCCCUCGCCGUGGCCAAUCGCUGGGCCAGUGUCAAGUUCAAGGUCACAAACCGACAGUUCGAAGCGGCGAUGUCUGACCCAACCUCUUCCGCAUUCAAGAACUUCAAGAAUACCAUGCAACCAUUGCUUCUCACAGCACUUCGGGAGAAAGUGAAAUCAGUCGUGAACGUUGUCGUCAUGGAGCUUCUCACCGGGAGCGUGAUCGUCCGUGCCAGUGUUGAGUCGGACAGCACAGCCACAACGAGCACGAAGAACGAUAUCUCCACUGCCCUCACGUCGGUCAAUACCUUGGGCAGUAUGACACUUGACGCCAGCAAGGAAGUAACGGCUGAGACGUACUUGUCUGGUGGCCAGCUGAUCGACCCCGUGACUACAACAAAUAUCGAUGGCAGCGAUAUCCUGAGAGAUACAGAGGACAUCUCACAAGGUGACGUCAGCCUGGCAGAGAGCGAGGCAGACAAGAUUAAGAUCAAAACCACCAAUUAUUUCUUCACGGUCACCAUUCCGUCUUUCUGCGCCGUCCUGUUGCUGAUCAUCAUCCUCCUAUGCUGCACGACCUCCAACUCCUGUCUCUGCCGAAUCUGCAGCAGCGACCCCAAGAACGUGCCCUAAGUUCACCCUCAAGGGAUGUCCCCAGACGAGGGCAGAGGGGCUCUUGAAGGUCAAAAUACCGUGCUAGGGAUGUUCCUCCUAUGUUCAGAGGGGGGAAAUACUUCGGAUAUGUCGUAAAGUAUUCACGGAUGCGUUAGGAAAUCUAGUUGAAAACACGAAAAUAUGGAAUGGUAAUUGGUAUACUGUACAUCAUAAAUAAAAAAAAAAUGUAGAACACAAUUUUCAAGAGAAAAACGCUUUAUUGUAAUUAACAACGAUAAUAAAGUAGAGAGUUAAGUAAACAAAAUUUGUCACAAAAUUUAUGUAUGGAUAAAACAUAUAUCACAUAUAACGGGAAUAAACAUCGAAAUGGAAUGUAAUGGCAAGAAAUUAUAUUUCAAAUUGAGACUAAAAGAAACUGUUUUGAAGUGUUAAUUAAGAAAAAAAGUUAUCUUGGUAAGUACAACGAGAAACAUAAUUGCAGAAAUGCCCAUUUCUAACAUUAGAAAUAACAUAAAACAAUAAGAACUUUAAAGAUUUAAGAAUAUAUUAGAAACUCUUCUACCCUCUCCACCUGCACUGAAGACAUUUUUUCUUCUACAGUUCUCUUAUUUAUCCAUAGUGUGUCAUAAACGUGACUCAAGGACAAAGCCACUUCCUUGCCAAGCUUUGCACCAGAUGAGGCGAACAGAUUAAUCGCUCGCUAUAUUCAAGAACGAAAAUUCAUACGCCAUGAAAGUCAUAGUUGGCAGGCAGUGUAAGUACUGCCCAGGGGCACGUGCGAAUCCUGCGUACCUGCGAGACGUGUUUCCCGCCGUGCAAAUACGCUGCCGAGUUAUUGUGUGGGACGCCAGUGCCAAAGCAGACCGAAGAAAACGGGAAUGAGGAGUCGAAGCUGAUCCGCGGAGCCUCAAGUUCCCGCCGAGUCUUGAAAUGAAAUGGAUGCAAGAUGAAAUAAAAAAGGAGGGAAGAGCAACAGGCAUCGUAUAUUGGUUUUAAAAAUGACUACAGUUGAGAUGACCGGCAAAGAAUCCUUUUCUCUCUCUCUCUCUCUCUCUCGGCUUGGAAAAACGGCACGAGUCACGUACGCGCUCGAGAUAACGUUCGAUUCCAUGACGACAGUCGCGUGGCUGUGAGUGAACUAGAUCUGUGAAAUUUGAUCACCCUCAUUUACGGUGCCGGUGCGGUGGGUAUAUGAGUUCAAGGUGGCACUGCACGACUAAGGGAUGGCCUUCAAAAGAAUGUCAAUGUGCCAGAGACCCGUGGAACGCCAGUAAAUAAAGUAUAUAUGUUUAUUAUAAUUUGGGUCUCCUUAACACGGGGCGUUUUUUUCCCUCACCAUCCUUUAGCCUUGUACAGCGCGCCUACUUAAUUCAUAUAAAUAUAUAUAUACAUAUUGGAGUGUAGUGUGUUGCAAAUAAAAUCACUAUUUUG